GAUAUAAUGUGAUAAAUUGGACAACUUUCACGAUUUGUUAAUGUGAUUUUUGAUUUUGGCAGCAAGAAAUUAUGGCAAGACUUAAUACCGUACCUGUUCCGGCGAGAGAUCCGACAGCUACGAAUUUGGAGCGGAUGUUGGUGAGAUUACAGAAAAUUAUCUUGGGUCCAGAUACGUCUGCCAGUUCGCAAAGCUAUGCUGAGUGGGUGAAGAUGGGCGCGAAUCUAGAAUAUGCGCGGGGCUUACUGGUACACGUAGAGCAGGAUGCGCAGAAUAUCAAAGUGUUGUCGAGAAAACAGGAGAUCCAGGCGGACUUGGUGCGCAAAGGACAUUUGAUACAGAGACUUGGCGAAAGACUGGAGGAGUUACGUGAGCUUGCAAGCUAUGAGGAAGAAGGCGAGGAUUCCUCUGAGGGAGAAGAUCUGUUAGGGAUUGCGCAAGAUACUCCUUCGGAAACGACUGACGAAAUGAUGAAUACGAGCGAAGACCGAUCAACACCUUCUCCUACCAAUUAUACAUCUUCUCCUAUCAUACAAGCGGAGUUGGAUUCUACACCACCACAAAUCCAAACUCAAACCUCCCAGGCUCCCGAACCAUCUACUCUCCGCUCUCGUAAUCCCCGCGCUGAACUUUUCGAGAAUUCCUCGAAUCAAGCUUACACAACAUCUACUUCUACCUACCGACCAGCACCCACCCCCUCGAGCACCACCACCGCCACCACUGAAACACUCCUCACUCACCACCGCACCGAACAAGAAGACCUAACCAAAUCUCUCCUCUCCAUGGCGCAGGAACUCCGUGCUCGCUCACAAACCUUCGCCAGUACCCUCGCCAGCGAUUCCUCGGUGCUUGAUUCUGCAAUCGCGGGGAUUAAUAGGAAUGAGCUUGGAUUGGAAGCGGCGUCGAAGAGAAUGGGUUAUUUGAGGACUAUGACGGAGGGGAAGGGAUGGUGGGGUCGCAUGAUGAUGUAUGCGUGGAUUGCGGGGCUGGCGGUCCUGGCCGUGUUGGUGGUGUUUGUUAUGCCGAAGUUGAGGUUCUGAGUUGGGAAUGGGAGGAGGGGUUGUGGAGAAGAUUAUUUCAAGAGAGUAGAGGGAGCCAGAGAAAAAUGGGAUGGCGUUUUGAGCAAAAUAGGUAUUUUGAUGAAAGGGGGAGUUUUGCGGUGUUCGAGGUGCUUGGGAAAUACCAUAAAUAGUGGUAGGCUUUCUUCUAUCUUGAUAUAUUGAUUCUAGCAUGUUUGGACGGGCAUUGGACGGAGCUAGAUUAUGACAGCAUGGAUUUUCUCAUGUUACGAAAAGUGGAACAGGGGAGGAAGAGAUUUGAUGUAUUGUAUUGCAUUUGUUGAGUUGGCAAAGUAGCAAUAUGAGAUGGGCGAUUUUUGUCGUAUAUGUAUAUCAUGUAUCGGGUAUCAAUCAUCAUUUUGUAUCAUGUCACAUCACAUCACAUCACA